GCUUGCACCACCUGGAAAAACCGCCAAGGAGUACUGGAACGAACUGAUUGAACUAUUGAAUCGGGAAAGCCGGUUCAUGAUGUUGAUUUUCCUCGACCACAAUGUAAAAGGCGCCAAGGAUGCUGUCCUCCGAAAUGUUCUCCCAUCCGUUGCUAUGCACACCAAGAUAUAUGUCGACUCGAGAUCAUAUUGGAGCAGGUCAAGCAAUGGCGGAGCGUGCUUUUGAAGAAGUUGAUUGCCCAUGUCACCAUUGUCGUCAAGAAGGACCAGAAAGUUCCUGGUGGGAUGCUGAAAAGCUGCUCCAAGUUUGAAGAUCUUGUGCUGUCGUUCCGUGGGCGAUACACCACUGCCAACUUCAUGGAGGUGUUUUACUUCGUUCACCGAUAUGUCGACAUUCCCUACUAUACUGCCCUGGGGCAGUAUUACUGCUGUGAGCUGUACGCUCAUAUAUGUGCAAAGGGCAAGCUGAUGAUGGAUUGGGAGGCCAAAAAGGGACGCGCCGUGGAUGACAAAAACUCGAGGAGUAAACUGGUUGAAUUUAUGUCCCAGUUCCCCCUCAUCGAGAGGUUCGACGAGCUGAAGAAAGAGGACUUCCACGAGCUUUUCAACAAGACCAUCCUUAACGACGACAAGAUCCGACCGAAAAUUUCCACCCUCCAGGCCGGUGUUGAUUAUUUCCUUGGCGCACCACCCCAGUGAGCUCGAACAUACCCGGAACAAACCUCGAACAUACCUCGAACCAUGGCGA